CCUGUCACCGUGCUAAAAAAAACCCUAAUUACCGCCGUCUUCUUGAUUCUCUCCUCCGAGGUUCCUGUCGCUUCUUUAGUUUUGAUGUCUUCUGUCUUCCUAAAUCCUAACGAUGCUGGGGGCAGUUGAGUUCUUGGCGCAUUCUCAGGAGAUAACCUGAUCAUCUUUUCGAUGAAGCACCGAAGUGAAUUGAGUUCUUGGCGCAUUCUCAGGAGAUAACCUGAUCAUCUUUUCGAUGAAGCACCGAAGCGAAGUGAGUAUCCACCACCUUAUGGACAACAUUAAUAAUGGGUAUCAGUUACUCUUCGAGUCAAAGAGAUCCUCGCUACCAUUCCCACUUCAGAGUCUAUUGGCUGUUGCCUUAGGACUAGGAUUAGGACUGGCCGGUCUGUGCUGGUCACUGCGUGAUGGAUAUUAUUUGUUGCCAUGUUCAUCCGAUCGAAAGGAGUCUUCCAAUAAAUUUAUGGUCACUGUUGCUGGAUUGCGGAAUAUCGGGAACAAUUGCUUUCUUAAUUGUAUAUUGCAGUCACUUGCGAGCUCCAGAUGUUUCCUUUUUUUCCUCCAAAACUUACUGGCCUUGGAUAUAGGGAAUGAGCAAACAGAGACAUUGCCUCUUGUUGUUUCAUUGACUUCCCUCAUUGAAGAGCUGUGCCUUGUUCGAGAUGAGAAGACUGUAGUAAACCCUCGAAGCGUGAUGCUUGCUAUGGCCCAAUAUCUCCAGGGCUUCAACAUGAUGAAACAACAGGAUGCUGCUGAAGUAUUUAUUCAUCUGUUGUCUUCCUUAGAAAAGGAAAUCAGCGGGCAUUUUAUUCGUUUGCAACAUUGUGGAUCUCUAGCAGACAUCACUGCCUUGUCCACUAGGAUUUACAGCCAAGAGAAGGGAGCACCAAAUGAGUUUGAAAAAUGGAGGAAGCUUUUUAUUGGGCCGUUUGAUGUAGUUAUUGGGAGCUAUUUAACAUGCAGAAGUUGUUCAACAACUCUUUCGGUGGAUUUGGAGUUCUUGCGCUCCUUGCCUCUCUCACCUGUGCUUGAUGGACAUGCUGAUAUUGUGGAGGGGCUGCAGCUUGUUGGUUGCCUCAAGCAUUUCACCAAAGUGGAGCAUGUUGAUAAUUAUUGCUGUGGUAGAUGUUGGCAUACUGCUGCUUUGAAGCAUCUCUCUUAUAGAACUGACAAAGAUGAGGUGAUAAUUAAAAGGCUCAGUGAAUGUGUUAAGCAUGAUUCUUGCAAUUGCAAACACCUCUUUAGCGAUGACGAGAUUUCCUGGACUGGUGUUUCACACGCUUUAAAGAAAUUGAGCAUUAUUACAUGCCCAAAGAUACUCUCCAUUCAUUUGCAACGUGCGUCAAUGAACUGCCAUGGUGAAUUGGUUAAACUUCAGGGGCAUAUUUCUUUCCCAUUGUUUCUUGACCUCUCUAUAUUGGUGGAAACUGCAACAAAAAUGGGACAACUGACUUCUGCAAAAUAUAUGCACAACAAAAUGAAGGUACAAGAUUGGGCAUUUGGUCCUCCGAUAGGCCAGGAAAUGCGGAUGCUCCCACAUUUGUACAGAUUUGUAGGCCAAAUCCCUUCUGUAAAGUCCUUGUCAGAAAGUAAGUUUAACCUGCCAUCUUGUGAGCUUUUAGGAAGUAAACUUUUGGAAGCUGCUUCUGCAGCCAACAGUGAGGAGGCAGUGGUAACAAAACUGGCUGCUGAUUUGAAUCAGACCCGCAUCAUUCCUGACAGAGAUUACAGAGAAAAGGUGACUCUCUCUCUCCAUAAGUCAACUACAUCUGUUCUUCUCGUACCUACGAAUGUCAUUUUCCCUCGACUGCAUACAUGGCUUGAUUUCAGUUGCUGUUACGCUGCUUGGACUUUUUUGUUACACGUAUUUUUCCUGCAGGUAGAAAUCCAUAGUUCAAGAUCAUCACAUGGUUGUAUGUACUACCUCUUCUCAGUUGUUGAGCAUUACGGAAGGCCUGGCAGUGGUCAUUAUGCUGUUUACAGGAAGGUUGCAUCUCAUUCAUCUUCUGGUGCUACUGGGAAGCCACCUGAUUCCAUGAAUGGAUCAUGGGUUUAUAUUUCUGACAGUGAAGUCAAAUGCACCAGUGAGGAGGAUGUUCUUGCUGCGAAGGCAAGCAUGCUUUUUUAUGAGAGAGUUGAGGCUGAUCUCUGAGAAUCAGAAUGUUGAAAUCUAACUCGACGGACCAAACAAGCCUAGCUAUACUAUGUGAAACUAUUUAUGUAUGUUUUUCUCUACCUUUAGAAAUAAAAGGAUAAGCCUUUUAGAGCUCCUUCCAAUAGAGAAUAGUCUAACACUAGUAUGGUCAUAGCCUCGGUUCGGAAAGUGGUGCAUUCUGAUAACGUAGGACAUGAUGAAAUGAAUUGAGUUUUUUUUUUUAAUUCUCAAAAAAAUGAAUUUUUUUUUGCAAGUAAUACCAAAUAGAAAUAAUGAAGGAUAAUUUUAUUCCAUAGACAAGUCAAAGUGAUAUAACUAAAAAAAAAACAAAAAUUGAUUGAAACAAAAAUGAUAACAGAAGGAACAACCACCCAAAGCU